AUGUCUUUUUUAGGAAACCUGUUUAAAAGAUCGAGCUAUUGUAAACGAAAUGUUUUCUCUGCCUUUUGUUCUCCACCACCUGAGCCCGAACCCACACCACCACCCCCUAAAGCUGGUGAUACGGGGGCAGGAGCCGACUCCGCCUACUGCUCAUCAGAUUCAUUAUUAGCUAUGUUCUGCUUACAACCCCCCAGUGGACCACCCACAACCGCCGAGCCACCCACACCACCACCACCCACAGCUCUACCCGAAUACUGCUACGAUCCGGCUCUCUGUUCAUUCUGUGGAACCUGCGAAACUACAUCAGUUGCCCCAACCACAACAGCAAUGGAAACCACCACGACUGCCAUGGAAACUACGACUGCCAUGGAAACCACGACUGCCAUGGAGACAACCACGACUGAGAUGGAAACCACUACAUCCGCAAUGGAAACAACCACGACCCCAAUGGAAACAACCACGACCCCAAUGGAAACAACCACAACUCCGAUGGAAACUACCACCGAAAUGCCUACGACAACAGAAAUGGAAACCACCACCGUCCCAGAAACCACUACCACCAUGGUUACAACGACUACCAUGCCAACAACCACAACCGAGUUGACUACAACCGAAGCUUUGACUACUACCACUACUGAACCGACGACUACCAUACCAUCUCAACUUUGCCCAGACCCCAGUGUGAAGACCAGAUACAAGCGAGUUGUGGAUGGAUCACCAACUGCCAGUUGUGAUGCACCAGGAGUAGUAAAGCUGUACCAUCCUGAUUUUGAUGUGGUCUUAUGUACCGGAUUGAUGAUUGAUGCCAGUACUGUACAGAUACCAACUUCUUGUGGUGAUAUAGUCAAAAUGGGCCACAUCUUGCCGAAGAUGGAGUUUACUGUCGGAGAUGCUGGAGCUGAACAAGUAUCUUUAGCCGAUUCUGUGGCUGAUGGAUCAGUUGCUGGUACGUCCGAAGUGACUCUGAAGACACCGCUAGAUGUAACCAAAUGUCCUGGACUUCCAUGUAUUUAUGAUGCUGCCACCAUGGAAGGUUAUAUAGACUUUACCAAAUGUACAUCUGCUGGUUAUGGUACUGUUGCUGAAGUAACUGGUGGAAGUAAGGGGCAGUAUGAUGGUUUACAAGGGUACACCAUUGAUAGUAUUGAUGAUAGUUCUUGUGACGCUCCGACAUCUCUACCACCUGGUACAGUUACUAGCUGUGCUACAGCAACUACUGGAUCUCCUUGUACUGGUGAUGGAGGAUCGCCUAUUAUCUGUGAAGCUGUGACGGGUGAAAUGGUAGUUAUUGGACAGACGGAAGACUUCCCUUGUGGAAAACCUCCUUCUUUUGCUUUCAUCGAUUUUACUAAAGCUUAA